AAUACGGAAAAUUCCUGACCGAGCGAUCAGUCCGAAUCCUUUGCUAGUAUCGCUACAGAAGUAUUUCAACUUAUAAGAGAACAUGAUUCGUGUCAUCUGUCCUUGUGUCAUGAUAAUGAUUGUUGUGACAGGGAUUGGCGCCGCUUCCAUCUCCGAUGCAAAAACGUUAAUCAGCAAUUUAACUGCUGGUUACGACACUGAAGUUCGGCCUGUCAGUGACCAGGGAAACAGUGUAUCAGUGAUUAUCGAUAUGUACCUUAUCUCUAUCAAGGAUUUCGAUGAAGUGUCGGGAACAUUAAAUAUUCUCGCCAUAUUCGUCGUUACCUGGAAUGAUGUUUCCCUAGUUUGGGAUCCGGCAUUGUAUGGCGGUAUGUCUAAAACAUACAUCGGACAAAAUAAUGUAUGGCUCCCAAAGCUUUACAACAUAAAAGCAUCAAACGCAUUUAGUGCAAUUAGUAAUUCGGAUUUUCUAGUUAAUAUCAAGAACAACGGCGAAAUCAUUUGGCAACCCGGUGGCUUCAUUGAUGUCAAAUGUAGCACAGAUGUAUCGUAUUUUCCGUUUGAUACGCAAACAUGUUCGAUUCAGCUAGCCCCAUGGGGUUAUUCUAAUAAUGAAGUAUCGCUCGGGCCAUAUAAUACAGAACUAAGUUUGGAUUUCUAUGAAACUAAUGGAGAGUGGUCACUGGAUAAAACCGAAACUGGUACCUAUGUUCUCGGUGAAAUUAGCCUAGCUAUUUUUAAUAUUACAAUUUCACGACUUCCAGCCUUUCAUGUCGUCAACACACUGAUGCCGAUAUAUCUACUGCUACUGAUGAAUCCGCUGGUGUUCGUGUUACCGUGCGACUCUGGAGAACGAGUUGGUUUGAGUUUGACAGUAUUCCUCACUUUCACGGUUUUUAUUACUAUUGUCAAUGGAGUACUUCCUGUCAACUCAGAGAGCAUGUCCAGACUUUCCUACUUUAUCUUUGCCGUCCUCGUUGUUAGUGGUAUCAUCGCCUCCAUCAACAUCCUCCAACUUCGGAUGUACCAUAAGGACGAAAGCGCAUCAGUACCCCAGUGGUUAGCAAAACUUAUGCGAGUCCUUGACUGUCAAUUCAGGUCCAGGAGAAGGGUAAUUGUAGUUUGCCCUGAGAAGACAAAACCAAAUACGCCAGAUGAAAACCUAAGUAAGAAAUCCGAGAAAGGACUGAAAAUGCCAGUAGUGGACGAUACAACGGAAGUAGUACAGAGAGGAAUGACAUGGAAGGAAGUUGUGCGCAUUAUGGAUAAAUUCUAUCUGUGCUUGUUUUAUACCGUGAUCACCACCUGCAGUGUUGUUGUUCUAGUCAUAAUCUACCGAGGGCACAGUUAAUCAUAUCCCGACUGUUAUCACUGGUGUGACAGAGACGAGUGAUCAUAGCCCGACUGUUAUCGCUGGUUUGAUGGAGACAAGUAAGGUCAUCAUGAUUGAUUAACGAUCUCUGAUGUAAAUAACUGUCAUCAUUAUCAUGUUUAGUAUGGAAUCUCGGGAUUUCAAAUAAAGCAGGCUAAUAACUUUCAGUUUUAUUUUUUCAGAAUCACAAAUAGCGCUUAAUUGAGCCAAACAGGUAUACCUAGUGUGUUGCUUCUGUAUUAAAAGUAAAUUGAACUAGACUGGUAUUCUAGGUGUGUUGUUUCUGUAUUAAAAAAAAUGAAAAAGACUGGGA